AUGACAAAAAAUUACUCUCUCAAACCUUCUGGUCAGAUCUCACAGUACUUACGAAGACCUUGCAGAGAUCUUGAAGGAAGCUCAGAUCUUGUGAUCCGAAUUGAGCGAGUUAGCAAACAGAAAGAAUUGAGAUUCAAGUCAGGUCGACAUGGAUCGGCACCUGCUGUAGACUCUGUUACAGAGCAAUACUUCCAAGAUCACCCAUUUAUCAGUGUUUAUGCAUCAGUCAAAAGACAAACAAACGCUAUUAAGUCAUCAACACCACACUCACUUUUGGAUAUCAUAUCAACGUCUUCGGCAAAGCAAAUUCUCCUUCUUUUUUUAUCUUUCCACUUGCUCAUUAAAACAACAUCACACAAUGUUUUUACGAAUCAUGAGCUAUUCAAUAAAUGA